AAAUAUAUCUUACAGAUGGUGCGAACACACAUUUGGCCGAUCCCAAAAUGUUAGGAUUCUUUACGGCCAUUUUCUUUCUCUUCAACCAUAAUAUUGCCAAUCAUUUACGCCUCUAACAAUGCAAGCUCUAUCCAAUUCAGAGCUACUAAAAUGGUUUCUACUUACUGUUUAACCCCAAAAGCCCAUCUAAAAAUCCCCACCAUUGUUGUAUUUCUGUUGAAGAAACUAUCUCCCUUUCAUUUUCAUCAUUGUAAAUUCUAUUCCCACCAUUCUUUACCUUUCCCCACAACUAGUUCCCUUCACGUUAAGGCUAUAAAAGAUGGUUCCUUUCAAAACUUAGAUGUGGCUAACCACUUAUUGAAUGUGUACGUGAAAUCUAAAAACUUAAACCAUGCAUGUAAACUGUUUGAUGAAAUGCCCCACAGAGACGUUCGAACUUGGACAAUACUGGUUUCUACUUUUGCGCGUGUUGGUUCUAAUGGGGCUGCGUUGGAACUUUUUAAGAACAUGCAAAAUGAGGGUAUUAAACCAAAUCAAUUCACUUUGUCUAGCGUUUUGAAGUGUUGUUCUAGCUUGAGUGAGCUUAAGAUAGGGAAAGGAGUUCAUGGUUGGAUUUUAAGGAAUGGGGUUGUUUUUGAUGUUAUUUUGGAGAAUGCCCUUUUUUGUUUUUACGUCAAAUGUGAGGAUUUUGGAUCUGCCAAAUGGUUGUUUGAGUCAAUGGAAGAGAAAAAUAGUGUUACAUGGAAUAUAAUGAUUGGUGCAUAUUUGGAUACUGGGAAUGUGGAUAAGGCUGUUGAUUUGUUUAGAAGGCAGGGUUUGAAGGGUGUUUCUAUUUGGAAUACGAUUAUAAAUGGCUUAAUGCGAAAUGGGUUUGAAAGAAUUGCAUUGAAACUACUCUAUGAGAUGGUAAAAGAUGGAACUUUGUUUAAUGAAGUAACUUUUUCUAUAGCUUUGGUUUUGGUUUCAUUGUUGAAAGAUUUAGAAUUAGGGAAACAAAUCCAUGGAAGGGUGUUGUUAUCGGGAAUCCAUGUUGAUGGUUUCUUGAGGAAUUCACUUAUUGAUAUGUACUGCAAAUGUGGGGAAAUGAAAAUGGCAUUGAAAGUUUUCAAGAAAAUGGAUACGUAUUUCGGGAGAAAUGAAAACUCCAUUGAAGAAGUCAUUUCUUGGAGUUCAAUUAUUUCUGGAUUGGUUCUGAAUGGUGAGUUUGAAGAUGCUUUUAAAACAUUCACCUCUAUGGUUCGUAAAGAUAUCGACAUUGAUGCGUUUAGUAUCACUAGCAUUGUUUCUGCUUGUGCUAGUUUUGGUGUGUUGGAACUCGGCCGGCAGGUUCAUGGCCUUGUUCAGAAAAUGGGGCAUAAAUUAGAUGCUCAUUUGGGAUCCUCAUUAAUUGACAUGUAUGCUAAAUGUGGAAAUUUGGAUGAUGCUAAGAGGAUUUUCAAGCAAACUAAUGAUAUGAAUGUUGUGUUGUGGACUUCAAUGGUAUAUAGUUAUGCUUUACAUGGUCGAGGAAGGGAGGCCGUCCAGCUAUUUGAAUUCUCGAUGAGUCACGGACUUUUGCCAAAUGAGGUAACUUUUAUUGGGGUUUUAACUGCUUGCAGCCAUGCAGGGCUUGUUGAAGAAGGUUGUCGAUAUUUCAGGUUGAUGAAAGAAGUUUAUGGUAUCAAGCCUGGAGUUGAGCACUUCACUCGCAUGGUUGAUCUAUAUGGACGUGCUGGUCAGUUUAAGGAGAUAAAGAAGUUCAUUGAUGAAAAUGGCAUCCAUCACUUGAGAGCAGUUUGGAGGUCGUUUUUAUCCUCUUGUCGACUUCACAGAGAUAUCGAGAUGGCAGAAUGGGUUUCUGAAAAUCUACUUCGUUGUAAAACACUCGAUGCCGGACCUUAUGUUUUGCUAUCAAAUAUUUAUGCCAUAAAACAAAGAUGGGAGGAGGUUGCAACUGUGAGAAGAUUGAUGCAAAGUAGAGGGGUUAAAAAGCAACCCUGUCAAUCUUGGAUCCAGAUCAGGAAUCAAGUUCAUGCUUUCAUCAUGGAUGAUAGAUCCCAUCCGCAAAAAAACGAGAUAUGUGCGUAUCUAUAUAAGCUAAUCGGAAGAUUGAGGGAAAUCGGGUACUCAUCUGAUGCCAAACUGGUAAUGCAGGAUGUUGAAAAAAAGCAAGGGGAAGGGGAAAUGUUACUUGGUUUCCACAGUGAAAAGCUUGCCACUGCUUACGGUAUCAUUAGUACUGCAUCUCAAACACCAAUUCGGAUAAUGAAGAACCUUCGAAUAUGCGAUGACUGUCAUAACUUUAUGAGAUAUACUUCUCAGCUACUAGACAAGGAAAUAAUUGUGAGAGAUAUCCACCGAUUUCAUCAUUUUAAGCAUGGCUGCUGCUCCUGCGGAGAUUACUGGUGAUUGAACUGGUACAUGCACAUGUUUCACGGUGCUACCAGUAUGGAGACGCGUCGAGUAUAACAUGACGGGAUGUCCUUUCUCAAGAGAUGGCCCUGGUUGAGCUUGAGCUUUUGUGUUUAGCCGACUCUCCAUUGCAAUCACGGCCAUCUCGUCAUCUUGCAGAGCUUGCCUUGUUGAUGCCUAAGGUUCAGGAAGGACCCACCUCUUUAUUCCUUUAAAUUUUAGCUAAGCCACUUCCUUUUCUUUAUUAUAGAUUGAAAUCUGCUUUAGCAUCACUUUUUUUAAAUAGGAUAUAUAAAUAUUUAUUAGAUUAAAAUUUGAUUUAGCAUCACUUUUUUCAACCGA